AUGUUAGAAGGAGCUAAAUUAAUUGGUGCAGGCGCAGCGACUAUCGCUUUAGCAGGGGCUGCUGUCGGGAUUGGAAACGCAGAUGAUCUUGAAACCUUUGCUUACCAGUCCGAGGAGCAAAACAGUUAUUUGGUUAUGCCAUCUUGGGAUUUGCUCUUACCGAAGCAAUUGCCUUAUCCAAAAGAAAGGGCGGUUACUCGGCACCAGGAUUGGCAGCAGGUGCGGAAAGGCAAGGAAGGCAGGCCAACGGGCGGCAACGUUAAGUAUGGCAAGCUAACUGCUGGGAGAACGAUCAGAGAUUUCGAUGUAGUUCCGGCCGCAGUCGCGCUGUUGCCCCCGUUUGGGAAGCAUAACUGGGCUGAGGAGCCGGUGUACGAUCCUGACUUUCAUGAAAGACGGCAGCUGGAGAAGCUGCAGCAGACCUAUUAUCCGAUUGAUCCGGCUGUGGAAGGUAAGUCCCUGGACUGCUCUGGUCGGAUAUUAAUACCAAAGAUCCAAAGACUUGAAAGGAGGCUACUUAUGCGGCAGGGGCGGAAUUGGCUGCUGGAUUGGAAUUAG